ACGAAACCGUCAGAGGAGAGCAGUCAGAGGUCAGUUCCUCAAACUUCAUCAUGAAUUUAUUAUAUCUUUUCCUUACAUUUUUCGCCCUUUUCUGCAAGUCUGACGCCCUUAUCAGACCCAGUAACGGCCUCCGCGAGUGCCGCACAAAUUCAAAUUUAACAGCCUUAGAGGUGCUCCCAGGUGGAGGUUGGGACAACCUGCGCAAUUUAGACGUGGGACGGGUGAUGAACUUGAGCUAUUCACAGUGUCAGACCACAGAAGAUGGACUUUAUCUCAUCCCAGAUGAAGUGUUUGUCAUUCCGCGGAAAACAAGUGGAGUGGAAACUCACUCUGAGACGAUAAUGUCAUGGCUGGAUCAGAGAAGCUCCACAUCAGGAUCCAUCAAUGCAGACGUUUCCUACCUUACGGUCCUGAACGGAAAAUUCUCUGAGGAAAACACGCGCAUGAAAAUACAUCAAGUGAGAGGGAAUUCCGUAACAACGCGGGUUCAGGUACGCAACCAUCUGUACACCGUGAAUGCUUACCCUGACUUCACUCUGGAUUCCCGCUUUUCCCAGCAGAUCUCGGAACUCGCAGACGCUAUUGAGAACAAUCAAACACGUCAAGCAAUGUAUUUGUCAGAGAAAGUCAUACUUGAAUAUGGUACCCAUGUCAUCACAAGUAUCGAUGCCGGUGCCACUUUAGUGCAGGAGGACUAUAUAAAAAGGUCUUACGUCUCUGACACUAAUUCGGAGAGGUCUUCUGUCUCUGCAUCAGCAGGCAUUAACUUUUUUAACAAGGUUAAUUUUAACUUUGGCAGCAAAGAAACUGAGCAAACCUCUGAAACCCUCACUUACCAGCAAAACAUCACAUACUCAUUAGUUCAGAGCCACGGCGGGGCUUUAUUCUAUCAAGGCAUCACUAUGCAGAAGUGGCAAGAGAGCACGCAAAAUAAUCUUGUGGCGAUUGACCGUUCUGGUCUGCCAAUUCACUAUUUUCUCAAUCCAGCCGUAUUCCCUGACCUCCCAGUUCCCACUUUACAUAAGCUUGCCUUUUCUGUUCAGAAGGCUGCAGAACGUUACUACAACAUAAACACCAUUCCAGGCUGCACAGAUCAAAGUUCCCAAAACUUUAACUUUCAGGCCAAUGUGAACGACACGUCCUGUGAGGGCCCAGUGACCAAUUUGACAUUUGGUGGCGUUUACCAAACAUGCACUCCCGAGUCACCAGAUGGAAAUGUCAUCUGUGAUGAACUUGCACAAAAAAAUCCAGACACUGGUGACUAUACUUGCCGUCAACCAUACAGUGCCACUCGGUUACAUUCGGAGAACGUACAGCAGGGUUAUAAUCAUUAUGAGUGCCAUAAAGAAUGUCACUCAUGCUGGUUAUUUUUUGAUUGUUGUCAUCAAGUAUGUGGAAAUGUUUACUAUGUCCGUCAGGCACAAAUUGACACUUAUUGGUGUUCCACAAGUCAGACAGUCCCUGAAAACACCGGAUACCUAUUUGGAGGUCUAUUCGGACCAUCUUUACAAAACCCACAGACCAAAUCUCAUGACUGCCCAGCAAAUUAUUUUGAACAAGUAUUUCUGACUAAUGGCAUGAGGAUUUGUCUGAGCAAUGACUAUGAGGCAGGAACAAUAUCCUCUGUGCCAUUUGGGGGUUUAUUUAGCUGCCAAUCUGGCAACCCUCAAGCAGGAAACCAGUACCGUUGUCCACCUCAGUACAGCCAACACCUUGCAACCAUUAGCGAUGGCUGUCAAGUAUUGUACUGUGUACAAUCAGGUGUGUUUACUGGCGGCCAGUUAAAACCUGUUCACCUCCCACCUUUCACAAAGCCACCUCUGGUCAACAUGAUGGCGACAAACACAGUCGCUGUGAUGACAGAAGGCGAUAAAGCCUGGAUGAGGGUUGGGGCGACAAAAAAAUGGAGAGUGGCGAACCUUGGAGAAGUCAGUCAAAUGGCCAAACUGAUUGACGCAUCAUCCACCCAGAUGUCGGGAGGGGAAAAGGCUGGUGUGGCUUGCGGUGUGAUGACUUUGGUCGCUAUUGUGGUGGCAGGAAUUGUGAUCUUAAUGAAACGGAGGAGAAAGUUUUCUCAUUUCAGUUUCAAUAGGGGAUAUGAAGAGAUUCAGCAUGAUGACCAGAGCACUGUAGAGAUUGAGAGAGAGCAACAGAAUACAAAUGAAAACCCCACUCGACCUCUGUUACCAUAGUUGUUUCUGAGGACAUUGUCUGAGGUUUGUUAAUUAUUGUAAAACAUUGAUCUGCUUUGCAAUCAGAUUUUUAAAUGGUUGGCAUUUAGGGAAUAUAUUGAUGUGUAUACUGCAUAUAAGGGCUGCUAUACUGUAUUUUAGAACAGAUUUACAAAUCGUUUGAAUGAUGAUGCAGUAUUUUGUAUUUAUAUGUGUAAAAAUUAUGUGCCUUGAGUUUUUAAUGCUUAUUGUUUCCACUUUUGAAAUUCUGGAAAAUUUUGCACAUUUUGAGAAUGAGCUCUUAUGGCUAGUCAUGUGAGUCUGAUCUAGUCACAUUGUAUUUUGUAUUUAGCCUAUGUUUUUAUAUAUUAAUAAAAUCCCACUUUCUGGCAAGCA